GACGAGCUUCUUUCUUCUGGUGUCACUAACAGGCCUUUUACCAUGAGCAGUUCUAAACUAACCACAGAUGGUGGGAAUAAGAAGAAAUCUAAGACGGAGAGAAUGCCCCGCAUCCCUUCACGUGUCCUUCAUCUUUGCCAACUUCCACAUGAUGUUACUAAUGCAGAAGUCGUUUCCUUAGGCCUCCCUUUUGGCGAAGUAACCAACGUCUUGUUGCUAAAACGGAAAAAUCAGGCAUUUUUGGAAAUGGCUUCUGAAGAAGCUGCUGUUAAUAUGGUGAAACACUAUACUCCUGGUGGGCCUAUCCUCCGCCGUCAGCCUAUUUAUAUUCAGUAUUCUAAUUACAAAGAACUCCAGACCAGCCAUCUACCUUCCCAGGCUAAAGGCCAAGCUGCAUUGCAAGCUGUGAAGUCUGGACACUUGGCUGCUACAAGUGCUCUGGCUGCUGAAGGUGGGCGCAAUCCAAUUCCAGGUGCUGUCCUUCGAAUCAUUGUGGAAAACCCCUUCUACCCAAUUACUAUAGAAAUGCUGCAUCAGAUUUUUUCUAGGUUUGGAUCUGUCUUGAAGAUUAUCAUCUUCAGUAAGAACGAUAAAUUCCAAGUUUUGCUCGAGUAUGCUAAUCCAAUGAAUGCAUGUUGUGCCAAAAUGGUUCUGAAUGGCCAAAAUAUCUUCAAUUCAUGCUGCAUUCUACAUAUUGAAUUCUCCAGGUUAUCUAGCCUUAAGGUAAAGUACAACAACAACAAAAGCAGAGAUUUCACCCGCUUUGACCUUCCUUGUGGUGAUGUCCAGUCAUACAUGGAGUCAUCAGCAACCCCUGCCUUUGGGACUCAGAAUGCCAUCCUCCCAUCAUACGCAGGGGCUGCUGGGUUUAUCCAACCAAUGGGCUUUAUGCAGAGUCCUGGUCUUCCAUAUCCAGUGGUUCCUGUUCCUGGCUCUGUAUCAGUCACCACAGAAGCAGUACCUGGGCUGAGUGCUCUUCACAAUGUUGUUGGUAUUCCAGAAAGUUCUGUUCUACUAGUGAGAAACUUCAAUUCUGAAGCCAUCACAAUACAUGGACUUUUCACCCUGUUUGGUGUGUAUGGUAAUGUGCUUCGUGUGAAGAUUAUGUUAAAGAACAGGGAAACUGCUUUGAUUCAGAUGAUGGAUGAAGUCCAAGCUCAUUUAGCUGUCAACCACUUAAACGGGCAGCGGAUUUAUGGACGGGUCCUGCAGGUUAGUCUUGCAGAAUAUCAGGCAGUUCAAUGGGAACCAGAGGACCAAGAGCUGGUGGAGGACUAUAGCAACAGCCCUCUACAUCGCUUUAAGAACCCUGGCUCUAAGAACUCCCAAAAUAUCUCUCCUCCAUCUGAAACCCUGCAUCUCUGCUGCAUUCCGUCUUUUGCUACUGCUGAUGAGCUGAAGAAACUUUUUGCAAGAACAGGAUCAACUGUGAAAGCCUUCAGAUUCUUUGAGAGAGAUUGCAAAAUGGCUCUUAUCCAGAUGGGCUCUGUGGAAGAAGCAAUUCAGGCUCUCAUUGAGCUUCACAAUCAUGACUUUGGAGAAAACCAUCAUCUCCGAAUUUCCUUCUCAACAAUGACAAUAUGA